GGACACCUGGGCCACUGCCUCCGGGACCACGUGAGCUCUGCAGUGGAUCUGAGGCAGGUCAGGGCCGGUGCCAAGAACCGGACCUUCGCCGGCGGCGUCUCUGGCCGGGUCCACGCCUCGGCGGGGGUGUCGGGACGCCCAUGCCCACUGCGCCAAGCGGGCCAAGCUGCUCCCGACUCUCCGCCCGAUUCUCUGGCGGGUGCCCCACACCAGAGCCAGGGUCCCGGGUGAAACUGCCGCAGCGGGGGCAGACAGCGCUCAGCUCGGGCUCCUGCAGCCCCGCCCUCCGCGGCCUCCCGCGGCUACUUCUAACCCCGGCAUGCAGCGCGCGCGACCCGCCUCCCGGAAGGCGGAAGCGCGGGGACUUCCGGUGGCGUGAGCGGCGUGUGUCCGAGUUUGAGUUUCUCUUCGAUCAAAUAUGGCGAAGAGCUUGCGGAGUAAGUGGAAAAGGAAAAUGCGGGCUGAAAAAAGAAAAAAGAAUGCCCCAAAGGAACUCAGCAGACUUAAAAGUAUUCUUAAAAUAGACACUGAUGUUAUAAUGAAAGAUGUUCAAGAGAUAGCAACUGUGGUGGAACCCCAAAGUUGCCAGAAGAUUGAAUGUGCAGUAAAGGAUGAAAAAGAUGACAUGAAAAUGGAGACUGACAUUAAGAGAAACAAGAAGAGUCUUCUAGAUCAGCAUGGACAGUACCCUAUCUGGAUGAACCCCAGGCAGAGGAAAAGACUGAAGGCACAGCGAGAGAAAAAGAAAGGCAAAAGCAGAGCAAAAGCAGCAAAAGCAGCUAAGGGUUUGGCAUGGUAGCCUCUUAAAAUAUUGAAAAGUACCAUACAGGACAGUUCUUUGAUAAAUGUGUACACUGAUUUCAGCUUCUGCCAAAUGAAAACUCUGGUUUUAACUUGACCUUUUUCUUCAGUUCAUAAUUUCCCACUUUUUUAAUUUUGGGGGGAAACUUGAAUAAAAUAUUUUCUUUGAAUGAAAUCUGUAUUGAUAUUGUAACUGGAUACUGUCCAAUAUACAAGGCUUAUCAGUCAUCAAAAUUCUGUUCCAUAUUAGUGUGACUUUUUUGUUCUUAGUACAGAUAAAACAUGUCAUACCGACAGAUUUGAGCUAACUGAAAUAUUAAAGCUUAAUUUUCACUGUCCCUGUCAUCCUGUUACUCAUCAAUUUGUUUGAGUGGGCACCAGUAACGUCUCUCAUUGUGAGACUUGUUGUUACUGUUUUUGGCAUAUCCAAUAUGCCGCGGGUAGCUUGCCAGGCUCUGCCAUGCGGGCUCGAUACUCUCGGUAGCUUGUUGGGCUCUCUGAGAGGGGCGGAGGAAUCGAACCCGGGUCGGCUGCGUGAAAGGCGAAUGCCUGGUGCUAUCGCUCCAGCCCAAAGUUUAAUUUUAAAAUAGAAAAAUCUUUUUCUGGGUCAAAAAGUACAGGGAGUAAGGUGCUUGCCUUGCACUCAGCUGACCUGGGUUCAAUCCCUGACACCCCAUGUACCCAUACCUGCCAGGAAUGAUCCCUGAGCACAGUGUGGCACAGAAAAAUGUUGGCUUAUGGAGCUGAAGACUACAAAUGUUAAGGCUGUAGCUGUGACUCCGGUUUUAAUCCUACCGUCGCAUAUGAUGGUCCCUUUACUCCCCAGCACUGUCAGCUGUGUUCCCCUCCCCCACUGUGGAUCUUAUAAGUAGUAACAUUUUGAAGCUUUGAUGUCCUCUAACCCGAAAUAAAAGAUGUUUUGUGUGUGGUAUUUGAAGAGCUUUUCUUUAAUAAACUUUUUAGGUUUCCAGUAGCAGAAAAGACCAAAUUUUUUAAUGUAUUUUUUUAUUAUAAAUUUGUAGAUAUUACAUUAACAUGUACAAAUUCAUGUGCUUUAUUUUGAGGAAUUACUUUAUGUUCAUCAUUUUAUUGUGUUUGCUAAUAUAUUAUGUUGGCUAACACAUUUUCCAGAAAUGUAUCUUAUUUAUAUCCCAAAGUAUCAAUAGCAAUAUAUAUAUGUUCCUCAGACUUAAGUUUUCUAGACACCUGGUGGCAAAAUAGUUUUAUGAACAUGUAAUUUGGGGAAAUGCAAUUAACUUAAAAUUCACAAAAAAAUAUUAGCUUAGUAUGCUCUUAGAGAGUUCUGGAAUAAAGAAACCCAUUUCACUAACUUCAACUCUUUGAAACCAGUACUUGAGUCAUACAAUGUUUCAGAUUUCUAUUGGAAAUCUUACUAUAAUAAAUUUUUUUUGUUAAGUUUG